AUGGCGAACAAGCUCAAAGUCGAUGAACUCCGUGCAAAGCUCGCCGAGCGUGGACUUAGCACCACCGGACUCAAAGCCGUUCUGGUGGAGAGGCUUGAAGAGGCAAUCGCCGAAGCCGAGAAGAAGGAGGAAUUAAAGAGCAAUAAGAGGAAACGAAACCGAGAUUCUUCGGAUGAUGACGACGAAUCGAACAAAUUGAUUGCAAUUGGCGAGCUUCGUGGCAUGAAUGUGAAGGAAUUGCGCGAGGAAGCUAACAAGAGAGGCUUAGCUUCAACGGGUACCAAAAAGGAGCUUCUCGAGAGGCUCUGCAACGACGCAAACAACGAUUCCAAUUCCCAAGUCAUAUCGAGUACAUAUGCAGCUGAAGAUGUCGACAGCAAUGGCUUUGAAGAGGAAAUUAAAGAAGAGAAAAUCGUAACGGCGACAAAGAAAGGCGCAGUGGUAUUGGACCAAUGGAUUCCUGAUAACAUAAAGAGCCAGUACCAUGUUCUUCAAAGGGGUGAUGAGAUAUAUGAUGCAAUGUUAAAUCAAACAAAUGUCAGGGAUAAUAACAACAAGUUCUUUGUCCUACAAGUGCUAGAGUCGGAUAACGGGAAAACGUAUAUGGUCUACUUCAGAUGGGGAAGAGUUGGAGUGAAAGGGCAGAGUAAAUUAGAUGGGCCUUUUGACUCAUGUGAUCGUGCAAUAGAAAUAUUUGGCAAUAAGUUCCUUGACAAGACCAAGAAUUUUUGGGCUGACAGAAAGGAGUUUAUCCCUAUUCCCAAGCUCUAUACAUGGCUCGAAAUGGACUACAGCAACGAGGAAAAUGAGUCAGUUGUCAAUGAUAUUCCCCAAUCAUCUACUCAAGUUAAACCGGAGGAAUCAAAACUGGAUCCCAAGGUUGGCAAGUUUAUCUCUCUUAUAUGCAAUGUAAGCAUGAUGGCACAGCACAUGAUGGAAAUAGGAUAUAACGCUAACAAAUUGCCACUUGGUAAGCUAAGCAAGUCCACAAUAUCAAAGGGUUAUGAAGUGUUGAAGAGAAUAUCGGAGGUGAUAGAUCGGUAUGAUAGAGCGAAGCUUGAGGAACUGAGUGGAGAGUUCUAUACUGUGAUACCCCAUGAUUUUGGUUUUAAGAAAAUGAGUCAGUUUGUUAUAGACACUCCUCAAAGGUUAAAACAGAAAAUAGAAAUGGUCGAGGCAUUAGGUGAAAUCGAACUCGCGACAAAGUUGUUGUCCGUCGACCCGAAAUUGCAGGAUGAUCCUUUAUAUUAUCACUACCAGCAACUUAACUGUGGAUUGACGCCAGUAGGAGCUGACUCAGAAGAGUUCUCUAUGGUUGCCAAAUACAUGGAGAACACUCAUGCAAAGACGCAUUCGGGAUACAAAGUUGAGAUUGCUCAACUAUUUAGAGCUUCGAGAGCUGACGAAGCUGAUCGAUUCCAACAGUUCUCAAGUGCGAAGAACAGGAUGCUACUCUGGCAUGGUUCACGUCUCACUAACUGGGCCGGUAUUUUAUCUCAAGGUCUUCGUAUAGCGCCACCUGAAGCGCCUGUGACAGGUUACAUGUUCGGCAAAGGUGUUUACUUUGCAGAUAUGUUCUCCAAAAGUGCGAACUACUGCUACGCUAACAGUGGUGCUAAUGACGGUGUUUUGCUUCUUUGCGAGGUUGCUUUGGGAGACAUGAAUGAGCUUUUAUACUCAGAUUAUAACGCAGAUAAUCUUCCCCCCGGGAAGCUAAGCACAAAAGGUGUGGGGAAGACAGCACCAAACCCAUCAGAAGCUCAGACGCUAGAAGACGGUGUUGUUGUUCCUCUUGGCAAACCUGUGGAUCAUUCAAGCUCCAAGGGGAUGUUAAUGUACAACGAGUAUAUUGUCUACAAUACGGAACAAAUCAGGAUGCGAUAUGUGAUCCAAGUCAAAUUCAACUACAAGCACUAA